AUGCUGUGGAAGACGCUGGAAAUCCCCGACGGCGACCCCGACCAGACAUACAAAAUUUACAGCGCCUACCUGUCGGCCCUCGCCCAGCGCAGGGAAGUCAAGAAUUGGGAGUCCAACUUCCUUGGACAGACAAGGGCGAACGGCACCGACCUCCACAACCUGGCCCUCUUGAUCCUGGACUUUCCCAACAUGCGCGAGGAGGAGAAGGACCUCUUCUUCCACGUCCUAAACACGGCUUCCGGCAUCGGAUACGACGCCUCGGCCCUGUCCCUCGGCCGGACCCUCAUCCAUAACCAGGUGCCCACGACCUCACCGUACUCCUACUGGGCGCCCCAAUGGGGCCACAUGCGCGACCACGUCGACUACCUCAUCAAGCUCGGCCGCGACGCCAACGCCAUCGUCCUCGAGGGCAUGCUGGCCCUCAGCCGCAAGACCGAGGAGUACGACAAAAUGGCCCUCGCCGCAUUCAAGCGCGCGCGCGUGCUUGGCGACGAGAUGACGUACUUCGACUGGGAGGCGGGCUGUCUCACGGGCAUGGCCGAGGCGUACAAGCGUCUGAAAAUGAAGCAUAAGGCCCAUGACACGUACCGGCUGCUGGCGGACAAGGGUUACGCGGAUGGGGUGUAUGAGCUGGCCAUGUCGGCCCCGAAAAGCAGUGAUUAUCUCCCUCGCCUGACCAGGGCGGCCGUCUCUGGAUACAGAGAGGCUUUUCAGCCUCUUAUGGCCGAGCAUCUGAGGCUGUCAGACGAGUACAGGAAGAAGGGCGACAAAAAAAACGCGGAAGAGCACCUGUUUUGGGCGGCGGAAUAUGGAAAUAUUCUCAAAUAUAGGAGGACUGUGAAAUAG